UUUUUGAAGGGGAGCUGAAAUCUCUUUCUCUUUGGUGUUGUGUAAAUUCCACUGACGUUUGUUCGAAACUGAAAUUUCAUUUAAUCGCUAUUAUUAGUCCAUCAGAGGGCACUAUAGCUAAUGUUUUCUACCUGGUGAAAGACUGCGGGAUAUCCUGCAACUUUGGUUAAAGCGGAAGUGAUUGAAACAUUCUCCAUGGAACAAAAGCUGAACUUUGAGUUUCGAAGCUUUUUGCUUCAACUUGGAAAGGAAUUGAAGUCACAAGACCUUGAACAUUUAAAGUUUAUUUUGACGCCUUAUGUCUCAUCCGCUGAGUGCGAUAAAAUGUCAUUUUGUUCGUAUUUUGAGGAAUUGAAAAGAAGGUGUCAUCUCAGUCCAACUAAUUUUGGUGUCUUAAAAAAUGGUCUCAACGAAAUAGGGCGAGAAGAUCUUGUGGAAAAAAUAGUACUUAAAGAACUGUACUUUUCAGAGAUUUUCAAUCAAAUUGGUGCACCGAACUUGGGAACUAAUGAUUCUGAUAUGGAGUUUGAUGGCACUGCUAAUGGAAGACACAGUGGAAAGAACAGUCCUGAUUUGCAAAAUGAGUUGUUGCAGAAUGAAAAAUUGAUGGAGAGAAAGAAAGAAAAGACAAAGAAAACCCAAGCUGAUUAUUUGUUGAAAAGGGAAGAGGGCAUGGAGGUCUCACAUGAUGGGUCCAUUGACUUACACAGCAAUGAACAACUGACAAGUGAUGAAGCAGCUAGAGAUGAAAUCACAGAAUCUAACACCACAAAAGAGGAGGUUAGUGAUGUGGAGAUGAAAAGCACCUUCAAACAAUCUCCAAAGGGACCUUGUGACGAUAAGAUCCUUUAUCAUAAUGGUCCAGAGGAAUCUGAUAGUGGAAAAGCUCCCAUUAAUAACAGUGGUUUACCUGAUGGAAAAGUGCCUACUAGUAGCAUGUCCUCAAGUAAUCUGGAUAGUGAUGUUGUUACUGAUAGUAAUGAAAAUGGAGAAGAAUCUGCAGCAGAAUCCAAGACUGAUGGAGAGAAAUUUGAAAAGAAAAGUCCUGUAGAUGAUAAUGGUUCUGGAGCACGUCCUAAAGAGAAAAAAGUGAAAACUACCGGGCCAUCUCAAACUGACCAAGGAAAGGCCAUGGAGGUGGAUGACAAAGUUACAGGAACCAAUCUCUAUGGUAAAUUGUUUUUUGCAAAUGAAUCUACAAAAGAAUAUGAAUUGGUUCCUCCUGAUACCAAAAGCUCUAAAGAACCUACAGAAACUGGGUAUUCUAAUCCAUCAUCUCCUGUUGGAACUGUUCAUGAAGAAGGAAGUGGGCCUGACCCAUUCUACAGUGAUAACAGUGAUGUAACAUUAAAUGAAAAACCUAAGGUACCCUUGUCUGGUUCAACCCAUGGAACACAUGUCACCAUGGAGCUCACUAAGGACUACCCCUUUGGAGAUGGAUUCUCCACUCCACCUUCAGACAUUGGGACACCCACAUCCACUUCUGGUGAAAAAAGGCCUGUGAUAUAUGAUGAAGAACCACAUGAUCCAGCACCUACCAGCAUGGGGCGACCCAAGUGCCACCAUCCACCUGGUGUUUUUUCAACUCCUCCACCUUCAGUUUAUGGAGGUUCUAUAGACUAUCGCCCUGGUUUCUAUGGCUCUGGUGCUCCACCUUUGGUUCAUGGGGGUUCUAUGGAUGGUGGCUUUGCUUUCCCUGGCUCCAGUGCUCAUUCUCAGGCAGAACUGAGUGAAAUUAUUGCAGCAUUAAACCCUUCUGCCCAACUACUUAGUGUUGAACAAAAAGUGGCAUUUCUUCAAAAUAUUUUAGCUAUGCAAGGAAAUGUGAGUGGCACCAAUCCAUUCCCUAAUCCCAACAGUCAAACAGACUGGUCACAGGAGUUUGGCUGCUAUCACAAGGCAGGCUAUUCUGUGGUGGUAACUAAUGGCCAGCUCACUGAAAGCACGCAUGACAAGGGCAUGGUCAUGAUGGAGAGUGGGACGCAGUUUUGUAUUGUUAUUGGAAAUGAAAAUGAUCAUGCUGCUGAGGUGGACAUAACAUUUGGUGGAAUGUAUCUUGGUGUUUGGGCAUUAGAAGCUAAGCAGUCAAUAUCUCAUAACCCUCUGGUGAUUGAAGGUUCCUCCUGGGCUGAUGGAAGGUUGAGGUUCUUUAGUGAUGUAGAUGACAACAAACCCAAACCCAGUGCUGACUUCUAUGGUGAAAAACCAGAACUUAAUGGGUUCAUUGAGCUGGAGUUUAAACCUGAAGUUCACAUAUUGAAAAUUUUUGCACAGCAUGUGAGAGAUCAAAGGGAAGAAAAGCUCAUUCCAGUGUCAAUAGCCCCUUCCAGUACAACAACCAUUGGUGACUUAAAACAGGAGAUCAGCAAAAAGUGGGAUUCCAUGAUCUCAUAUCUGUUGAGAGGUGGCGAAAUCUUAGAUGAAGGAAAAACUAUCAGCUCAUAUGCAUUGAACAAAAAUGAGGUGAUUCAAGUUGUCAAUGAUACAGAGGAAAUCAAGAUUGAAUCCCAUGGGAUGGACCCAAUCAUCAUGAAUCUGGAUCCACAAAACGUUUCUUUGGAUGCUGUCAAAGAUUUCAUUGCAGAGAAAAUCAAAAUCCCACCUGAUGAGCAACUUCUGGCUUUCAAGGAACAAGAUAUGGACAUUGAUGGCAAAACACUCACCUCGGCACUUUUAACAUCAAAGAAGACACCUGAGUUGAAGGUUUUCAAGGACAGGAACAUUAACAUUGAUAUCUUACAUGAUGGAAAAGAAGUAAAAGUUGAUAUAAAAUGGUCUGCCACAGUUCAGGAGCUAAUGGAUAGGCUGGUAGAAAGAGGCAUCUGUGAUAGUGGUGCUACAUUAAGCCUUUAUGAGAACAACAAAGAUAUAAGUGGGGUGGGCAACAGGAAACUAUUUGACUUGGGUUUGAAAAACAAAACCAAGAUAGUUGUUUCAAAUAGAGCCCGCAGCACUCACCGUGGAUUUAGCAUGAGUUCUCUCAGUGGGGGCCCCAGUCAUGUAUUUGGAAUAAAUCGGGGAUUUGGUGGUCUGGUCAAGCCAACAGUAGCUUGUCGAAGCAUGAGAGGAUUUCCAGAUUCUGCGGGGACCCGUGCUGGAGGCAGUUGUGCAAGUGAUGCAGCAUAUGACUGUUCCCAAGAGGAUGGGGAGAGUGGUAUUGCCAUGCUUUGUGGAGAUGAAGAAAGAGUUUACAAAAACUUCUCGCUUGAUAAUUAUGAGAAAAAGUUUUCCAAGGAGAAGGCUGUUACCCUUACAAUUCUGCUGAAAGCUAAAAGUACGGGUGCCACAGGGGGUGCAACCUCUUCACAGUCUCACCUUCCAUCAGGAGCUUGUUCAGGAGCCACAGGUCCAAAGUCCACUCCAUAUCCACCUCCAGUGCCUGAUUGAAGAUGUUGCUAACAUGUUAAGGAGCCUUUUGAGGGGCUGUGCUACAUAGUGAUUCCUCAGGCAGCUGUAAGGCUGUCAAAUGUAGAUGUAAUGUGUCAGUCAAAGUAAACCCAACCCCCUGCCAUUGUGAGAUAUGUGGGGCUUUGGUAUGGAUUCUGUAAGUUACUGGCAGCCCUUCAUGUCUUGAGUAGAUAGGGAAUCAUACAUUUAUGUCACUUGCAGUCUGGAAAAUUGAAUACAUGAGAUUGUGGCUUCUCUACCUCAUAGAGUUAUGGGGAUUCUUAGAUGGCAAGAUUUCCAAGUAAAAUGGUGCUGUAAUGUAUUAUAAGUUACACUGAAUAUCAAAUAAACUGCAACUGCCUGUCAAGGUUCCCAUAUUAUAAACUGAAGCAAACUGACAUUAAUUGUAAAUUGAAAUACUUUGUGAAGUUUCAUAAAGGAAAACAAUUUAAGUUCAGCAAAUUGAUUUAAUGCCCCAUAUUUUCGAAAAAACUUUGUGACAUGGAGGA